AUGUCCACAACAAAUAAACGUUUACUCUUGGUUUCCUAUCCUGAAGGUUUGAUUAAGGAGGAUAAUUUCAAAUUGGAAGAAAUUGCUUUACCAAAUGUUGAUCAAUUGGGUGAAGAACAAUUGGUUGUUCGUUUGUUGCAUCUUUCUGUUGAUCCAUAUAUGAGAAUUAGAAUGAGUGCACAACCACCAAAAGGAUAUUUUGGACCAUACCCACUCAAUGAACCAGUUAGUGGUGGUGCUGUUGCUAAGGUUGUCAAAGUUGGUGCUAAACUUGCCGAAACUUAUAAGGAAGGAGAUAUUGUCUAUGGUGCAUUACCUUGGGUAUUAGAACAAGUUGUUGAUUUGAGUGAUAAGAGUGUUUAUUUGAGAAAAUUAGAAGGUGUAAGUGGAAUUCCACUUUCAUAUUUUUUGGGUGUUUUGGGUAUGCCAGGAUUGACUUCCUAUUUUGGUUUGAUUGAUAUUUGUGCUCCUAAGGAAGGUGAAACUAUUGUCGUUAGUGCUGCUUCUGGUGCUGUUGGAAGUGUUGUUGGACAAAUUGGUAAAAUUUUAGGAUGUAGAGUUGUUGGUAUUUCAGGAAAUGACAAUGUUAAGGAAUUGCUUGAAAAUGGAUUUGAUGCUGUCAUUAAUUACAAAAAGUUCAAUAAUAAUGUCAAUGAGUUGAAGAAGGCCAUUGAUGAAGAAUGUCCAAAAGGUGUCGAUUGUUAUUUUGAUAAUACUGGUGGAUUUAUUUUGGAUGCUGUAACUUUGGCCAUGAAUUGUAAAGGUAGAAUUUCAUUUUGUGGAGCUAUUAGCAGUUACAAUGAACAAAAUCCAGAAACUGGUUUGAGAUUGAGUACAAUCCAUGUUGUUAGAGAAUUGAAGACUCAGGGAUUUAUUAUCUCAUCUUUCAUGCCACGAUUCCAAGAAGGAACUGCUCAACUUGUUCAAUGGUUGUUGCAAGGAAAGCUUAAGGCAUUCGAAACCAAGUUUACUGGGCUUGAAAAUAUUCCAAAGGCUUUACAAUCUUUGUUCACUGGUGAAAAGAGUGGUAAAGUUGUUGUAGAUUUGUAA